UGUAGUUAUUGUUCCUUAUUUUGUGUAUGAUAUCCUUUUAAUUGGCUUAAUUGAUGUGUAACUUGCUGGAAAAUUUUGUGUGAGUCUGCGGAUGUAGGAGUUGAUAAAGAGACUUGAAUAAGGUAAGCUUUCGUGAUGAAUUGGUAAAUCAUUUUCUAGAUUCUGAACCUUGACUUAUACUGAAACUCACGCCAUAAAAAGCACAAAUUCAACGUAUUAAGUGAAUAAGGUUUGAACUAAUAAUCCUUGAACAAUGGCUGGUGGAGUUGCACUGAGAGUUAUUCGUUCUAUGUUUAAGCUGCUUGUUAUUAACAAAUGUUCUUUGGUUGAAAUGGAACUUUUGACAAAGGAUUUCAAGAUGAAGGAUUGCUUCCUCGGCUGCAAAGACGGUUUGACGACCACCAUUUAA